AUGGAUAACGUUGGUGGCAGUUCCUCUAAUAGUGCUGGCAUCAAGGAACAAGACCGGUUGUUGCCAAUUGCCAAUGUUGGCCGCAUCAUGAAACAGAUUUUGCCUCAGAAUGCAAAAAUCUCGAAGGAAUCGAAGGAAACAAUGCAAGAAUGUGUGUCAGAAUUCAUAAGCUUUGUGACAAGUGAGGCAUCAGAGAAGUGUAGGAAGGAAAGGAGGAAGACAGUGAACGGGGAUGACAUAUGCUGGGCCUUGGGAACACUAGGUUUUGAUGAUUAUGCAGAGCCAAUGAGAAGGUAUUUGCACAGAUACAGAGAACUUGAGGUAGAAAGAGGAAAUAGCCCUGAAGAGAAGGAUGAACUAUUUAAGUUGCCUCCUAGAGGAACUAGGUAGAAUGUGUCUUGAGACUGAUCAGAGUAGCUCUAGAUUCCUCAAUCCCAAGGCCAGUUUAUGGUUUUGAGGAUGAGAUAAUGUAAUAACUUU